AUGUUGCGGAGAAUCUCUACACAGUUCAAGCGGAACAAGGACGGCAAUGGCGACGCCGAGCCCAAGGCUGAGAAGCAAAACAAGCGCUUCUCCAAGGUCUCGCCUACGCGCAAGUCUUCUGCCAAGGAGGAGCCCGCCGAGGUUCACCAGGUGAAGCGCGCCGAGGUUGUCGCGGUGUUCGAGAAGUAUGCACAGGCUAUUCACGCUUCGCGCGAACCUUUGCCCAACCAAACUGGCGAUGGCACAUACCUUAAGCACGACCAGUCCAGUGGACUCAUUGAUGACAUUAAGACCCUCGGUUUCCGCGAUGUCAACACCGUCAAGGAUUUGAUUGCGAACAAGGCUUCCGGUGAAUUGAUUGACGACAAGACCUACCUUAUGGAGCGCAUUAUUCAGCUUGUCGCAGACCUGCCCGGCCACUCUCCCAGACGUGUCGAGCUCACUAACACAUUCCUUGACGAGCUGUGGACCUCUUUGCCGCAUCCCCCGCUCUCUUACAUGGGUGAUGAUUACAAGUACCGCACUGCUGAUGGUUCCAACAACAACCCCACACUCCCUUGGUUGGGUGCCGCCAACACCCCCUACUGCCGCACCAUUCCUCCUCUUGCAAUCCAGCCCAGUGGGUUGCCUGAUGCCGGUUUGGUCUUCGACAGCUUGUUCGCUCGUCAGGAAUUCACUCCCCACCCUAACAAGGUGUCCAGUAUGUUCUUCAACUGGGCAUCUCUGGUUAUUCACGACAUUUUCCAGACCGACUACCGUCAACCACACCUGAACAAGACCUCCGCUUACCUAGAUCUCUCUAUUCUGUAUGGUGAUGUCAAGGAACAGCAGGAUCAAAUCCGUUCCCACAAGGACGGUAAGCUCAAGCCUGAUUGCUUCUCCGAAGGUCGCCUGCAGGCCCUUCCUCCUGCUUGUGGUGUCUUGCUGGUUAUGCUUAACCGAUUCCACAACCACGUUGUGGAGCAGCUGGCCGAGGUGAACGAGGCCGGGCGCUUUACUAAGCCUACACCUAACCCUAGACUCUCUGAGGACGAUCUCGAGAAGGCUUGGGUCAAGUACGACGAGGACCUGUUCCAGACUGGUCGUCUUAUUACUUGCGGUCUGUAUAUUAACAUUACUCUGUACGAUUACUUGCGUACAAUUGUCAACCUGAACCGCACCAACUCUACUUGGUGUCUGGAUCCCCGUGCCCAGAUGGAGAAGGCGGGUGCCACUCCCUCCGGCCUGGGUAACCAGUGCUCCGUUGAGUUCAACUUGGCCUACCGCUGGCACUCUGCCAUCGCCGCUGGCGAUGAGAAGUGGAUCGAUCAGGUCUACUUUGACCUCAUGGGCAAGCCCGCUGACCAGGUUACCAUGCCCGAGCUGCUGAUGGGCAUGAAGAAGGUUGAGAACAUGCUUGAUGCUGACCCUUCCAAGCGUGAGUUUGCUCACCUGAAGCGUGGAGAGGAUGGCAAGUUCAACGAUGAAGAGCUUGUUGCCAUCCUGAAGUCUGCCACUGAGGAUGUUGCCGGCAGCUUCGGACCUCGCAACGUUCCCAAGGCUCUGCGUUCCAUUGAGAUUCUCGGUAUGGAGGCUGCCCGUCGCUGGCAGGUUGGUUCCCUCAACGAGUUCCGUAAGCACUUCGGCCUGAAGACCUACGAUACUUUCGAGGAGAUCAACUCUGACCCCGAGAUCGCCAACACUCUGCGUCAUCUGUACGAGCACCCUGACUUCGUCGAGCUGUACCCCGGUAUUGUCUCCGAGGAGGCCAAGAAGCCCAUGGUUCCUGGUGUCGGUAUUGCCCCUACCUACACUGUCUCGCGUGCUGUCCUGUCCGAUGCCGUGGCUCUUGUCCGUGGUGACCGUCACUACACCGUUGAUUACAACCCUCGCAACCUGACCAACUGGGGUUACAACGAGUGCCGCUAUGACCUGAACAUCAACCAGGGUUGUGUCUUCUACAAGCUGGCUACCCGUGCUUUCCCCAACUGGUACAAGCCCGACUCCAUCUACGCUCACUACCCCAUGACUAUCCCUAGCGAGAACCAGGUUAUCAUGAAGGACCUCGGCCGUGAGCAGGAUUACUCUUGGGACGCUCCUGCCUUCACUCCUUCUCGUAUCAACUUGACCUCUCACCAGUCUGCCAAGCUCGUUCUGGGCAACCAGGCAGACUUCAAGCCCUCUUUCAGUACCGCUUUGCAGGAGCUUUUCGGCAAGGGCGAGUUCGAUACCAAGCAGCAGCAAGCUCUGAGCCAGGCUCUCAGCAAAGAAGAGUUCCCCAAGCUCAUCAAGCAAUUCUACGAGGAGACCACUCUGCACCUCAUCCAGCAGAACGGUGCCAAGCUUGCCAACAUCAACCAGGUUGAUAUCACCCGCGAUGUUGGUAACUCCGCCCACGUCUACUUCGCCUCUGCUCUCUUCGGCCUGCCCUUGAAGACCGAGGAGAACCCCGCCGGUCUCUUCACCGAGCACGAGAUGUACAUGAUCCUCACCACCAUCUUCGCUGCGCUCUUCUUCGAUGUCGAUGCCCCCAAGUCGUUCUCUCUGCAGCGUGCCGCCACCGCCGUUGCCCAGCAGCUCGGUGCCGUUGUUGAGUCCACCGUCAAGGCCGACACCAACACCGGCCUCCUGUCCGGUCUCAUGAACAACUUCCGCCCCCACGAUAACGCUCUCCGUGAGUUCGGUACCGCCGCCCUCCGCAACCUGCAGGAGUCCGGUCUUACCUCUUCCGAGAUCACCUGGUCGCAGAUCAUCCCUACCCUGGUUUCCCUCGUCCCCAACCAGGGUCAAGUCUUCACCCAGGUCGUCGAGUACUACACCAGCGAGGCCGGCAAGAAGCACUGGGCCGAGAUCACUCGUCUCGCCAAGGAGGAUUCCGCCGCGAACGACGAGCAGCUCUACCGCUACUCCCUGGAGGCCAUCCGUAUCAACGGAACCUUCGGUGCCUACCGCGAGGCCCAGAACGCCGUCACCGUCGAAGACGAUGGCAAGACCGUUCAGAUCCUGCCCGGCAACAUGGUCUUCGCUUCCUUCGUCGAGGCCAACCACGAUGCCAGCGCCUUCCCCGACCCCGAGGAAGUCAAGCUCGACCGUCCCCUCGACUCCUACAUCACCCACGGCCAGGGCCCCAACACCGGCUUCGGUCAGGAGAUCACCAAGAUUGCCCUUGUUGCCAUGCUCCGUGUCGUCGGUCGUCUGGAGAACCUCCGCCGCGCCCCCGGUGCUCAGGGCCAGCUGAAGAAGAUCAAGCAGGAUGGUGGCUACUACGUCUACCUGCGCCAGGAUGGCACUUCUUACUUCCCCUUCCCUAUGACUCUCAAGCUCCACUGGGACGGCGACUUCAAGUUCGAGCAGAAGAAGAACUAA